GUCAGGCCCGUAUCUCCGAUCGGUCAGAGAUGACGAUCCGCCCCGAUGGAUCCGGUAGGCAGCCUUACAGCUGACAGUUUACAGCUUACAACUUACAGCAGGGACCUCCAGGCUCAGGCAUAUAGAUUGAAUUAUUUCAUUAUGUUGUGUAUGGAGACGUUCUAUCGUUCGAGAUGUAGAAACAAAACACCGCCAUCUAUCAUGCAAAUGCAAGCUAAAGAAAAGAAUCAAAAGGGUAUAUCACCAUGCAAGUCGUCUAAUAGUCACACCGGUUUUUGGUUUUUUUUUUUCCUCUUUCUCUGUCUGUCCAUCAUGCACAUCUCGCGUGGACACAGUCGUGUCUAGAUUCAGGAGUCGGAGUGGGGUAAUAAGUACUAUAGAUUAUUCACGAGGUCGGUAGUAGAG